UUAUACAUGAUUUGUCAGAGAGAGGCAGUCUGCUUGGUUUGGGAACGAGUGCUUUAUUGUCAGGAGGGUCAGGUUCUGUUUGACAAAGACCCACAGACAGGAAUUCUCAGUGCGGGAUGCCAUUAAUGAUUUGGAUGAUAACUGCGUACAUCACGCUAAUCUCUGUUCCAACUUGCGUCGUUGGAAACAAGGUCUUCCUCACGGCUCUUGUUGGGACCGAGGUACUGAUCCCGUGCCAGCUGACACCAGAGAGGGGGAGGUUUACACUACUUUCCUGGGAAAAAGACCAUCAGGAGAAGCCCAUCGCUGUGUAUAGCCCGAGGCUUGGGCUUACUGUCCCAAAUGAAAACUAUUCCGGACGGAUAGAGUUGAGAAACCAAUCUGUCCAGGAUGGAUCAAUCCGAAUAAAAGCGUUGGAAGUGCAGGAUGAGGGGAAUUAUACAUGUGAUCUUGCAAUAUUCCCUCAAGGAAAACUGAGAAAAACUGUCCAUUUAACGAUUCUAGCGGUUCCCACCAACAUAGCGACAUCGGUCCCAGUAAAGGCUGGACUCUCCGAGGUCCCUGUGGCUCAGUGUAUUGCGGCCUUUGGGAAACCAGCAGCAGAUAUCACCUGGAAAUCCAGUCUCCAUGGGAACCACACCACCAUCCAGACGGCCAACAGCAACGGGACAGUGACUGUCAGCAGCCUGUACAAGCUGAGACCACGUCGUUCAGACAAUGGUCAAACUGUGGAGUGUUUUAUCACUCACCCAGCAACAGACAGCAGCAAGACAUACCGCUUACAACUGGAGAUCUCCUACCCCCCAGAGGUGACUAUAACGGGAUAUGAUCAGAGCUGUAGUGUAAACAGCCGCAAUGUUGCUGUGACAUGUCACGCAGAUGCCAAUCCUCCAGCGACAACGUACACGUGGCGAGGGUUACCAGAAGGAGCGGUGAUCAGAGAUGAAGUGGCCAUCAUUGGGGAAAUGAGCGCUCAGGCAAACGGCAACUGGACAUGUGAAGCUACCAACACAAUUGGGACAGGAGUGGGCCGGUUGGAAGUUUUGCUGAGACCGAGCGAUACAGGUCAUACCGAUAGCAAGCUCAUCAUUCCAUGGGUGAUAGUGGGAGUGCUGGUGAUCGCUGUGGUUGCAUUGACAAUUGCUCUACUCAUCCAGAAACGACACAAGUCAGCAGAGGAGCACUAUAUCAACGUUCCCAAUCAAAGGAAGAAAUUUCAUCAGGAUUCCCCAGAGAUCAACGCGACUUACACGAGUUUGAAGUUGGGGGAACAGUCAGUGUACAAUGAAAUACAAAGAUGUGAUGCUGGGAAGGAUACAAACUGAAGCCAGCCAGGUUUUGAACAGUGUUUCACUCUCCGUUUCGCACAAAUCGUUCAUUUCAAUUUCAUGAGAGUCCUGAAAGAAACAUCGUCCUCAACGACACAGGCAGUAUUAAAAUCUCUGACUAUUUAAUACUGCACUAUAUUUCUGUGUUUUAACUCAAGUAUAAGGAUAUGUCCCACUUGGGAAGCCAAUAAACAAAUCUUUAUGUCUACCUUUCCCAACAUUCAGAUAAUUUUAAAUUGAAAUUCAAUCAGACAAUCUGAUGACAAGGCCAGUAUUUGUUUCCCAGAGUUAACCACAUUGCUAUGAGUCUGGAGUCUCAUGUAGAAAGGAUGGCCAUUUCCUUCCUGAAGGACAUUAGUGAACCAGAUGGUUUUGACCCAAGCAGAGCAAUGUAAUCCUCAUUGAUUCCAGAUUUUCAUUGAAUCGAAAUUCCACCAUCUUGCCCUGGCUGGACUUGAACCAGGUCUCCCGAGAACACUAGGACUGCAGAUGCUGGAGGUCAGAAUCGAGAGUGUGGUGCUGGAAAAGCGCAGCAGGUCCUGAUGCUGCCUGACCUGCUGUGUUUUCCCAGCAAGACACUCUCAACUCCCCAGAACACAACAUCUGUAUCUGGAGCCAUGGUUUGGAAUGAUGUCACAGGGUCAGCACGCUAACUUAACCUACACUUGCUCGUCACUCCCAUAUCUUGGUGUCAAUCUUUAAAUGUUACCUCCCAAACCCCAAACCAGGAAUAUGUACAAUUCCCCAUUUCUUUCCUUCAGGUCUUAAUGCUUUGACACGGUCUGUGAAAUCGUAUAGAGGGUGGCAUUGUGACUCAGUGGUUAGCAUGGGACCCGGGUUCACCCUCGGGUGACUGGUCUGUGUGGAGUUAGCGCAUCCUUCUCCCGUGUCUGCGUGGGUUUCCUCCGGGUGCUCCGGUUUCCUCCCAUGGUCAGAAGAUGUGCUGGUUAGGGUGGGUUGGCUAUGCCAAUCCCACGUUCCUACUCCUGGCCCAUAUCCCUGCAAACCUUUCCUAUUCAUGUAUCCAAAUAAACGUCUUUUUUAAAUGUUAUAAUUGUACCCUUACCCACCACCUCCUCAGGUGGUUCACUCCACGCGUGUAAGAAAAGAUUGCCUCUAUGUCUUUUUAAAAUCUCUCUUCUCUCACCUUAAAAAUGUGCCCCCGUGUCUUAAAAUUCCACAAUCUGGGAAAAAGACAACUCCUACCAACUCUAUCCAUACCCCUCAUUAAUUUGUAAAUUUCAAUCAGAUCACCUCCCAACCUCCUACACUUCAGUGAAAAAAGUCUCAGCCUACCCAGCCUUUCUUGUAUUUAACUAAAUUGUGUUUGGCUUAACAAUUAAUAGUUUGACCAGUUGCAUUCCAACAGGAACAUACACUUCAAAUUUACCUUUAAAAAUAGGAAAAAGUUAGGGUCUGGGUUCCUUUUAAUGAAUAUUUUGAGAGGGCCUGGUCUGGUCCAUAGUUAUGUCAGUGUAUUUUCAAUGCUUCAAUAAUGGUGGGAUUUUCUAAUAAAUGGUGUGCU